AUGUCAGCAGGUGUCACCUAUGACGUCGUGAACCUCAGACACGACGACAGCAAUGCCGAAAUCAAGCGGAUGGACCUGGCUGCCUUGCUCAAUAAAGGGAACGAUCAGACAGAAGAAGCGUCGUUCCGCGGCCGCCGCCUGUGUGGGCGCCGGAUCCAAGUUCCUGAGCAAUUUACCGGUCAUGUGCUUGUCGAACGUGUCAGUUCCCAGUGCCCACAGGACUUGGCAUUUGAAGCCAAGGAGGCCCCUGCCACACCAGUCGGACAGCGCGAGCUCACAUCGGCAGGCGAAUUCAGCGAGAUUGUCGUGUGGGAGCACGACAGGGCGCCAAUGGACGACGACGACACCGCUCUGUCGAAGCCGGUCCCCCGUCAGGCCAAGCGCUUUGGCAGGGGCGGAGACACCAUCCGCGCUGUCAACCUUGGCGGACUCUUUGUCCUUGAGCCGUGGAUCCGGCCGUCGCUGUUCCAGGAGUGGCAGGGGUCAAGCCUGUCGGUGGUGGACGAGUGGACAUAUUGCGCUGCAUUGGGCAAGGAGGAGUGUUUGAGGCGCCUGAAGCAGCACUACAACGAGUGGGUUGUCGAGGAUGACAUUUCGACUCUGGCGGCACUCGGACUCAACCACAUCCGCAUUCCCAUCGGAUACUGGGCUUUUACCGUCAAGGACAACGAGCCAUACGUGCAGGGGCAGACUCCAUAUUUGGAGCGCAUCCUGGGAUGGAUUGGCAAGUACAACCUUAACGCAAUUCUUGACCUGCACGGUGCGCCGGGAUCGCAGAAUGGGUUUGACAACUCGGGCAGACUCGGUGGCAUCCACUGGCAGGACAACUCGGAGAACAUUGACCGGACAAUCGAGGCACUCGAGGGCUUGGCAAGGAUCGCAAACAAGUAUCCGAGUGUCGUCGACGCGAUCGAGGCUGUCAAUGAGCCUGCCAUCUGGGGUCUAAGCGAGCAGGGCAUCAUUGAUUUUUACAAGCGCGCCUACACCGCCAUUCGUGAGAUCGCACCUCAUGUACUCUAUGUCAUCCACGAUGCGUUCAUGUCGCCCGACAAGUGGGACGACUUCAACAUCAAGGGCUGGGACAAUGUCAUUCUGGACACACACACCUACCACGUCUUUGUCAAGGACCGGCUCACGCUGUCCCGUGACGGCCAUCUGCAAGCAACCUGCCAGGAUGCGGCCAAUGUGCGCAGAUUCAACACCCACCUGUGGACGGUGACUGGCGAGUGGUCUCUGGCCACAACCGACUGUGCCAGGUGGCUCAAUGGGUUUGGCAAAGGUGCGCGCUGGGAUGGGACAAUGAACUGGGAGAUGAACGGACCAGUUUACCCAGGCGCCACCUGCGCAGGCCAGAACUCGAUUGGUGCCUGGGACAGCAGCACUCGCACCUUCUUCAGACAGUUUGCGGAGGCCCAGAUGGAUGCCUAUGAGGCUGGCAGCGGCUGGGCAUUCUGGAACUUCAAGACCGAGGAGGCCGACGACUGGAACUACAUAAAGCUGGCGCAAAACGGACUUAUUCCAGUGCCACCAACGAACCGCACGUACUCGAGGUACUCGCUCGAAGGCAGCCAUUGGUCCAUAAGAAUCAGCUCGCCAUGGUGCCACGAGUGA